AUGUCCGAAGUCCAGAAGACUGUUGAGGAGACCCCCGCGGUCGUCCCUGCCGUUGAGACUGCUGUUGAGACCCCUGCCACCGAGGCUGCGGUUGAAGCUCCCAAGGAGACCACUGAGGCCGCCGAGCCCACUGCCACUCCCGCUGUUGAGAGCGCCGAGGCCGCCGAGCCUGUGAAGGAGGAAGUGAAGCCCGCUACUGAGGGCGUUUUGGGCUACAAGGCCCCUGGUUUGGUCAAGGGUUUCCGUUUCGCCAAGCGCUUCUUCUACUUCAACGAGGAGGCCGUUGAGAGCAAGCAGCUAUCUGUCUUCCACCAGAACGAGAAGGCCGCCGUUGCCAACCCCAUCGCCGCCUGGGCCAGCCAGACCGGCAAGGGUCUGCUUUUCUUCACCAAGCGCGCUGAGGACAAGGCCACCCCAGCUGGCAUUUUCAACCUCGCCGAUGUCUCUGACGUGACCAAGGAGGGUACCAGCGAGUUCCUCUUCAAGGUUGGUGGCCAGAAGCACACCUUCCAGGCCUCCAGCGCCGCUGAGCGUGACAGCUGGGUUGUCGCCAUUGAGGCUCAGGCCACCGAAGCUAAGGCCGAGAAGGAGACCAUCAUCUCUGGCGAGGGUUACAAAGCUGAGCUCGAGAAGCUGACUAAGCCUGCCGUUGUCGUUGCCGCCGCCAAGAAGCCCGAGGAGAAGAAGGAGGAGACCCCCGCCGUCGCUGCUGAGGCCGCCCAGGAGGAACCCAAGGAGGAAAAGAAGGAGGAGAAGGCUGCCGCCAAGAGCCGUUCUCAGUCUCGCAAGCGCACCAGCAUCUUCGGUUCCCUCCUGGGCAAGAAGGACGCCGAGGAGAAGAAGGAGGAGACCCCGGCUGCUGAGGAGACGAAGGCCACUGAGCCUGCUGCUGAGCCCUCGGUUGAAGCUCCUGCCCCCGUCGCUGCUGAGACCACUGAGGCUGCUGCUCCCGCCCCUGUUGAGGUUGCCGAGCCCGCUGCUGAGACCCCCGCUGAGACUACUGAAGUCCCCAAGGAGGAGGCUAAGGACGAGAAGAAGGCUGAGAAGAAGGCCAAGCGUGCUUCCAUCUUCGGUAACUUCUUCCAGAAGGUCGCCAGCCCCUCCCAGGAGAAGUCCGAGAAGGAGGCCACCGCCCCUGCCGCCGAGGAGACCCCCGUCGCCAGCACCGCUCCUCAGCUCGAGAACCCUGUCGAGGAGGCCGCUGCCAAGCCCACCGAAACCGAGGCUGUGACUGCCCCCGCUGAGGCUGUUGAGACCCCUGCUGCCGAGACUCCCGCCGCUGAGGCCGUCUCUAGCCCCAAGGAGAAGCGCCGCACUUCCUUCUUCGGCAACCUUGGCAUGAAGAAGGAGAAGAAGGCUGACUCUGACAACGAAGUCACCGACGGUGAGGCCAAGGAGACCAAGGCCAAGAAGCUCGGCGGUCUUUUCCGCAAGCCCAGCAAGGCUGUCAAGCUCGACAAGGAGGAGGUUGCUGCCGCUGAGACUGAGGCCAAGGCCGACGCCGCUGAGGAGGCCCCCGCCGUUCCCGCCAAGGAGACUGCCACUGAGGAGGCCCCCGCUGUCGUAGAGGCCCCCAAGGCUGUCGAGACCCCCGAGGAGCCCAAGAACGUCAACGUUGCCGUCGCCACCCCCGUUCAGGCUGCCGCAUGA